ACUGACUUCUACGUGAUGGAGCAUGUGCAGGGACGGAUAUUUCGCGAUUUGAACCUUCCAGGUGUGAGACCGGCAGAACGCGCAGCCUUGUACUCUCCCAUGAUAGCAACGUUUGCUCGACUUCACUCAACUGAUUGGAAAGCCCUGGGACUGCAGGGUUAUAGUAAAGACCACGGAUACGCCAAGAGACAGGCACAAUACAAAGCAGCAGCUUCUGCUGACGUUCUCGCCAUGAACAAGCUGUCAGACAGGUUGGUCAACAAUUUGCCAGAUAACAAACAGGAAGCAACGAUAGUCCAUGGUGACAUCCGGAUUGAAAACUUAAUAUUUCACCCCACUGAGGCUCGAAUGGUUGCUGUGUUAGCCUGGGAACUCUCUACCAUUGGAAACCCUAUUGCAGACUUGGCCUACGCCUGUAUACCUUUCUAUUGGCCCAGGGGAAUCCCUUUUCCAGGACAGAACACUGAUAUUGCCAUUCAGGAUGUGGAGGGAAUUCCAUCCUGUGAGCAGUUGACCUCUAUGUACAGACACUGUCAAGGUCAGUCCCCACCUCCUCUGCCCAACUGGAACUUCUUCCUGGCUCUGUCCUUUUUCAAAAUUGCUUCCAUAAUGCAGGGUGUGCACUCUCGUUCACUGCUCAGGAAUGCCAGCGCUGAGAACGCACAAGUGUUUGGCAAAAGCAUAAAGCCUCUGGCUGAAGUUGGACUGCAAGUCUCCAAUUGGAAAGUGGAGUCAUCGGGCAUGAGGUUUUCUACGACCAGAAGCUCGCUCCAGCAGUCCAUCAAGGGACAGCGCGUUCCUUGGCAGCUGAAAGAGUUCACAAGGCAGUACCUGUACCCAGCAGAGCAGGAGGUUGCAGAAUACUUUGCCAGAAAUGUGCAUUCAACUCUCAGAUGGCAGAAACCCCCCAUUAUAGAGGCACUGAAGCACAAAGCGAAAGCCUCAGGCCUUUGGAUCCUUUUCCUGCCAGCAGUCAGUGCCCUGAGCCAGUUGGAUUAUGCUUUCGUUGCUGAAGAAACUGGAAGAUGCUUCUUUGCACCAGAGACUUUCAACUGCCAGGCUCCAGACACGGGGAACAUGGAGGAGCUACACUUGUACGGAACACAGGAACAGAAGAACAAAUGGCUGGAGCCCCUGCUUUGUGGGGAAAUCCACUCCUGUUUCUGCAUGACUGAGCCAGACAUUGCUUCCAGUGAUGCAACGAGCAUCGAAUGCAACAUAGGCCGGGAGGGAGAAAGCUACCUGAUUGUUGGCAAGAAGUGGUGGAGCAGUGGAGCAGGGAAUCCAAAUUGUAAAAUUGCUGUUGUAAUGGCCAAGGUGGAAAAUAAACACUUUCCAAGGCACAAACAACGCAGCAUGAUUCUCGUUCCCAUGGACACGCCAGGGGUAAAGGUCAUCAGGCCGCUGAGAGUGUUGGGUUACGGUGAUGCUCUUCAUGGUGGACACUUUGAGAUACACUUCAACAACGUUCAUGUUCCUGUAUCCAACGUACUGUUAGGUGAAGGGAGGGGAUUUGAAAUAGCCCAAGGUUGACUAGGACCAGGACGAAACCAUCACUGCAUGAGGACAAUUGGAACAGCAGAACGUGCCUUAGAGAUGCUGUGCCAGUGGGCAGCCCAGAGGAAGACUUUUGGGAAGAAACUGUACGAACAUGAAGUAAUUGCUCAUUGGAUAGCAGAAUGUCGCAUUGCCAUCGAGCAAGCCCGACUUCUUACACUUGAUGCAGCCAGAGCAGUCAAUACUUUGGGAGCUGCAGCGGCCAGAAAGGAGAUCGCCAUGGUCAAAGUGGUGGCUGCACCGAUGGCCGGUGAAGUGGUGGACUGUGUCAUCCAGGUCCACUGAGAAGGUGGUGUCUCUGAGGAUUUCCCUCUAGCGCACGUAUACUCAAUGGUACACACCUUACGUAUAGCCGAUGGGCUGGAUGAGGUGCACCUCUCUGCAAUUGCAAAACUGGAGCUGAGGGAACAGUUUCAAAACUCCAUGGCCAAGCUAUAAGUAAUUAUUGUGAUGCAAGAGCAGACGAGGCUGAUACCUCAAACAAGGGGCUGACAGAGAUAACAUAAUGUUGGCCUCCUGCUUUUCAGCAUUAUGAUUGAUUGAAUCACCAAUUACUGGAAAUAUUACACGAUGGAGAAUGAAUCACCCAACAUAUCAAAGCAACAUCUUUGUUUCUGUUCCCCAGGCAUCACUGUAGUAUAAAUUGGAAAUACUG